GACUACUCUCUACUUAACGUCAAUUAUCACGAACCCUCUUCUUCUGCAGCCUCAACUGAACCCCUCAAGCAGACCGUUUUACUUCAUCAUUGUCGUAACGGCUUGCUCAAUCGAUUAAAUAUCUCCUGCGCCCUUACCGGAGAUUCCACCCUUCAACAACCGCCCUGUCAUCAACGUCGUCGUAUGCAGAUCGCCCGCCCGUGGCUGCCGUCGACAUGUCCGUCCUCCGACAAGGAGGUUCGUACCUCCAAAGGCGCUUGACCAAGAUGUACACCGACACAAAAACAUCUUGCGAGAGCAUCACGACGACCCCGAAAGCAAGUGACGAUCCAGAGCUGGUCGCAUUGCACCGCGAGUACCGCACGCAGAAAGACAGGCUCCUCGCCUGGGGUCUCGACUGGAGUGACUCCAAUGGUGCCCAACCAAACGAUAUCGACGAAUCGUUGGACCAAGCAGGCUAUAGUGAUGUGGUCGCCAGUGUGAUGUCUUCCAUACAAGAGAUCCUCAACGAGGCAGAACGACUACAACAUGGCGAGGCACCACAAUUGCCGCCUAAAGGAAAUAGUGGGGAUUUGCCCCCGAAGGAAGACUUGACUGUCAAGGCGCAAUGGACGGAAAGUGAUAUCAAGCGCUCGUAUACACUGCUGGAUGACUUGUCUUCAUGCAUCGACACACUAUACGAUUUAUCCCACUCGCGCCGAAAUAUAUCGAUGACUAUGGCUAAGGGUGAACAGUCCAGUAAGGCUAAAGGUCGUUCACAGACGACGGUCCCAAAGGAAUCUAAGGUCACAGGAGAUACAUUGCGCGCGAUGUCUGUCGAUUCAAAAUCGCUGCCCGCACUACCGUCGUCCAAGUGCGUCGUGGAAAGCCCGGUUGAAAUGAAAGGCAAGACUGCAAGCUCGAAGCAGGAAUGGAUGGAUUUAUCGCCAUUUGUCGACUUCCGCGCAAAUACUGACCCAACACCUAUAGAGCGCACUGUGUCAGAUUCGUAUACUUCCACAAAACGCCUGCUUAUUGACCGUUCGGCCUUGCAACUUUCGGGUGCUUCUCAUGCUCAAAGCCCUCCACCAUACGAACAAGUGGCGGCUUCUACCAACUCUCGCAUCAUCGGCCGCAUUCAAACUUCUGCCACACCAUUUUUGACAAGUUUGACCAAAGAAUCGACCAUACCCAUCCUCGUGGAGUUUAUUCCCAUGAUGCUAGAAUCACAGAAUUCUGUGACAAUACCUGCUGUCAAUCGAUUAGAAAGAGUGCAUCGCUCAUUAGACAGAUUAGUGGAAAACGCGCGUGUAUUGCAUCUGGGUAUUCUGCGAUUUUUGGGAUACUAUCUUGACAUGUCUAAUGCUCGCUACGCAUUCGUGUACCAAAUGCCUGUUGAUUAUUUCCCCUUUUUGAGCAACCCCAGCAAUUUGCUGAAAGAGCUUAAGCCGAAAACCUUGGUUUCGCUCUUUCACUCGGGAGAUGAGCAUCAAGAUAUUCCAGUCCCAACAUUGGAGAGUCGAUUCCGUUUAGCUUAUAAUCUCCUUCUGGCAGUCCUUCAUCUCAGAAGUCAAAACCUUGUCCACGGAAAUAUCAACAGCAGCAAUGUACUUGUUUUCCCCGGCUUGAAUAACUCGAGUCAGGAAGAAAUCGGAGAUCUAGUCGAAGAUCUACGCCGCCCAUACCUCACGUCUCUUGGCCAGUUUUCGGGCAAUGAGCCAACCCCAGAGCCCCUUUCGUCCAGUAUGUACCGUCAUCCUGACGAUAAACGAGUCUUAGGGGAUGAAGCCGCAUGGUCUUAUGACCUUUAUUCCCUUGGACUGGUUCUUUUGGAGAUUGGUCUCUGGGCACCCAUCAGCCGUCUUUGGAAAAUGAAGUACAACAAUGCUAUGUUCAAGCAACGAAUUGAGAAUGUUUACAUCAAGAAGCUUGCAUCUAAGUGUGGAAACGCUUAUCUACAUGUGGUGCAACUCUGUCUUGACGCGCCGAAUUUCGUACUAUCAACGGAACCGAUGGCCGAUCUAAGUCUAAGAGUGCCUCAGGUAUUCGCUUAUCCCACUCUUGAAUUCGCCGAACCUGACAGUCAAUUCGCCUUCUCUGCCAACUUCCUCUUCACAAUGACUAAAAUUGUAUAUCAAUGCUGUGCAAUUGACAUAUUUUCUCCACCCCCGACUGCCGAUCUGGAUGAUUGCCUGCCUUUGGCUCUCGGCCGUGAUUUGGAAGCGGAACCUGAGCCAAUUAACAGUUCAGCAUAUGAGACCGUGCAGAUUCCGACAUCUCAGCUGACGGUUGACACAACGUACGAUGUGUCCACGGACGACAAAAUGAUACUCAAGAUGAACGAUUCGCCUGAAAAGAAAGUCAAAAAGCGUACAUUAAAAAAACUGACAAACGUAGAAAUUCCGCAAGAACAUCUCAAUCAGUGGAACUUCUAUACUAUGCCAAAGCUUAGCAAACUUCUACAUAAGAUCCUCAAGGAUUCGUCAGAGUCUUGUACCGCUUCUUUGAUGAUGACUGGUGAAAACACGGAAACGGCCAAGACUACAAUCUGUGUAACCUGCUCGAAUGUGAAAAAGGUGAGAGCGAUUCUGAAGAAAUAUUUCGAGAUCGAGCAAGACUGGGACUUGGUUGUGCUUCGUGGCGAUGUCACGAGGUCAAAGGUCCCCAAGCGGCGUCGACGCAAACCACAGUCCUCGUCUCCUGUUAAUUCUAUCGAGCCGGCUUUCGCUCAAUCUAAUUUGAACCCACACUACCAGCAGAAGCCCCUCUGCGGUGCAUCUAUUGGAGCAUUCAUAAACGAGGAGCACCUGCCACCCGUUUCAUACGGUGGGGCUAUUUUAGUUGACGGCAUGCCAUUUGGCAUGACUGUCCAUCAUAUGCUCGAAGCUCCCAGCGAUGAUGAUGAAGACGAUGAUGAUGACAUGGAGGAAGACUUGCCACGCUCAUCCGCAAACUGGAAUACUGGAAUAGCAAUGCCAAACGAUGACUUUUCAUAUACUUGGUGCGAUGACGAACCGGAAACGUCUUUCGAAUUCGAAAUAUCAGAUGACGAAGAUGAUGCGACAUCUCAAGAUUUGGGAGAGUAUUCUCUGUCAGACGAUGAAUCUUCAGAUGACGAAGAUUAUACGAAUGAGUGGGACGACGACGAUGACAUUGCAUCAAUUGGAGAUACUGCAGGCGUCGACCCUGACGACGAACCGCGGCUAGUAGUCACUCAACCUGCAAUCGAUGAUGUGCACGAAGACUUCUUUCCCACGGCCGAAGAUAAGGACGACGAGCACCUCGCAUCCCACAGUCUUGGAUUUGUUCAUGCGUCAUCUGGACUACGCCGCUGGACUCGAAAGGGUAUCAAACAUGAGAUUGACUGGGCACUAAUUUCUCUGCAUGAUGGUCGUAUGGAUGCUAGAAAUGUGAUAGUGGGAGCCGCGACACGCGCUGCCACCUCCAGUUCAGAAAGAGCCCGUGCAGCUCCAAUUCAUCUCAACAAAGUUGCCAGAAUCGAGGAACUGAGCGGCCUAACAGUGCAAUGCUGUGGUCGGACAAGCGGCUAUCAAAGUGGAUACAUUUCACCAGCAAUGAGUCUUGUCAAGCUUCAUGGACGACAGACGUUCUCAACAAGCUUUGCUGUUAGUGGGAAUUUUGGAGUUCCUGGCGAUUCGGGUGCAUGGGUAUUUGAACAAUCCACAGGACGAGUCUGCGGACACGUUCUCGCGUGGUCCGAAAAGAGCCGCACGGCAUACAUUGCGCCUAUGCAGGUUCUACUAGAAGACAUCUCUCGAACACUCGGUUCAUGCACUGUGACGCUUCCCGGUUGCCAAGAUGACAAUAUCUCGUCAGCAGCCGUGCCGCAAAGAGUACACGCAUACGAUGCAAGACAGUUGCAAGACUUGUCCAUCAUGCCCGAGCAUAUUCCUGUCGACUUGGGCCGGUUAAGCUUGACUGAUCCAGCACCGGUUCCAGUUGGUAGAAGAAUGAUUGGACGAGGCCGAGGCUUGAGAAAUGUUUCAACUCCGUAUCACACUGGUCCUCCACCGGUGAUGACACACACCAGGGGGAUGGAAAGGCCGCUUGCGUGAUGAAUGUACUUUUUAUUCCUUUCUUUUUUCUUUUUUUAUACCCGGUUAUUACAUUGUUAUAAGAUACCACUCUGUACCUACCUACCAUUGUUCCAUGUUGUCUUUUGACAUGUGUAGAAAAUUCAAUAAAGAAUGUGAAAUUGAUUUUAUAAUAUUUGGCACUAUGUAAUAUAUGAAUUGAUAUAUUUGAGGGUAUUUUAUUUCG